AUUCCCACAAUGAAGUCGAACAGGACCAUCCUGACAGAUUUCAUCCUGGUUGGGUUUUCCUUUUACCCACAAGUGCAAACAUUCUUCUUCAUAGUAUUCUUUGGAUUCUAUUUGCUCACCCUCAUAGGCAACCUGGCCAUCAUGGUUCUCACAUGGGCUGACCGAUAUCUCCACACCCCCAUGUACCUCUUCCUCAGUGCACUGUCCUUCUCUGAGACCUGCUAUACCAUGACUAUCAUCCCCAGGAUGCUGGCUGACCUACUUUUCACAAGCAGAAGAAUUUCCAUUUCUGGAUGUGGCCUGCAGAUGUACUUCUUCUUGGGACUUGGUGGUACCAAUUGCAUCAUCCUCACUUUAAUGGGAUAUGAUCGUUUUUUGGCCAUCUGCAAUCCCCUCAGAUAUCCACUGCUAAUGACCAACAUGGUCUGUGGAUGGCUUGUGGCCCUAGCCUGGGCUGGUGGCUUCCUUAUCUCUCUGGUAGAAACCAUAUUGAUAUUUCAGGACUUCUUCUGUGGCUCCAACCAUAUUCAGCAUUUUUUCUGCCACAUGAGGGCUGUAGUCAAGCUGUCUUGUCUUGACAGUAACCGUAAGACAAUUGUGGUGACCAUAAUCUCUGUGUCUGGACUGCUGGGCACCUUCCUUCUCAUCAUUCUCACUUAUGUGUUCAUUCUUUCUACUGUACUCAGGAUCCCCUCUGCUGAGGGCAAACAAAAAGCAUUUUCUACUUGUGCAUCCCACAUCAUAGUGGUUCUCAUUCAUUUUGGCUUUGCAUCUAUCGUCUAUCUAAAGCCUGAAAGCUCUGGGAGUGAAGAUACCCUUAUCUCAAUCCCCUAUACAGUCGUUACUCCUUUCCUUAGCCCUCUUAUUUUUAGCCUCAGGAACAAGGAUAUGAAGAAUGCUUUAAGAAAAGUACUUGGGAAGUCAUGUACCUUAAGUAAAUAA